GCAGAUCUGCAAACAGUCUCUGCAUUUCGUGGAUUAACAAGCUUAUCCACGACACCCUGACCCCACAUCGAUUAGCAGAUUAGCAACGCCCUCGCUAAUUAAUCUCUGCUGCGAAAGAGUCCAUCCCUUGCAAGUGCAAAAGUAUCAUACUUGGGUCAGAAUCCCAUACCCAGUCACGACCAUUAUUACUCCAUAGAAAACCAUUCCGCCGGGGUCGUUGGUGUUGGUUCUGGACAUAGUUGUCGUUUACGAUGUCGGAAUUGUCUUUCUUCUUCAAGACCAGGCCUCGAAGUGCUGUGUUUUAAGUCUGUCUGGAGCUACAGAGCUCUACGAUUGAUAGUUUUAAUUUCAGAUUGUGGGUGUAUGCGGACGUCACGGACAUGGCUGUGCAGUUGGGUUCCGCUACAGGAGCUAGGUCCUUGAAAUUGGGGUUGCAAAGCUUGAAUUUCAGCAACGGGAGGAUCCUUAGCACUGCUGAGUCAUUGAGAACACGGUUGGGGAGUUUGAAGCCUAGGAAGCUCGUGGUGCGGGCCGAGGAGAAAACGGUUGUUGAUCUUAGAGAGGUCACUGGGGCGAAGAGAGGGGUUCCUUCGUCUUGCAAGCGUGUGUUGGUUUCAACGGAGAGGCGAGAGGAGGACGACCAUGAAGAGCGCAAACGGAGAUGGGCAGGUCGGCAGGCUGCGAAGGCCCGGAAAGCUGCCCUUCAAUUGGAAGAGAGAUUAAGCCUUGUUGCUCGGAAGAAAAAAUAUGUAGAAAAGGAGUUAGCAAAGUUGGAUGGCCAGAUGAAACUUGCCGACGCGCCUCCAGCAAAAGAACAAAUAUCAGACGAGGAACGGUAUAUGUUUAUGAAACUUGGCUUAAGAAUGAGAGCCAGACUUCUAAUGGGUAGACGAGGAGUAUUUGAUGGUGUUGUUGAGAAUAUGCAUCUGCAUUGGAAGCAUAGAGAGCUCGUGAAAGUCAUCUUCAAGGGGCCCAUAUUUGAGGCUGAGCAAACAGCUAAGAUCCUUGAAAUGGAAAGUGGAGGAGUACUCGUUGGUAUCGUGACAACUACAAAAGGGCAGGCCAUAAUAUUCUACCGUGGCAAGAAUUAUCAGCGCCCUUCCGAGCUGAGACCUCGGCAUCUGCUUUCAAAGCGACAAGCUUACGAACGUUCCCUGGAGAUGCAGCGGAAGCGAUCUUUGGAGCAGCACAUGCUUAAGUUGGAAAAGGAGAUUGGAAAAUUGCAAGUAGGCCUGUACGAAACAGGUGAAGGCAACAGUGGUCUGGAGAUGGAAGAAAAAAACCUGCUAGCAUUAUCAGAGCCACUAGGCACUGUUCUGGAAGAUUUUGAUGAUGAAGAGUUCCGUUCAGAUGAAAAUUACAAUGAGAAUCUGGCAGAUGAUAUUGAGCGUUUCGGCUGGAAACGAGAGAAACCAAAUCCGAGGGGUGUCGUGCUGGACCCAAUUUUCAAAGCCCAGCCAUUGACCAUAAAAGAGAGAAUUCGUCUGCGACAGGAAGCUUUGAAGCAGAGUGAUCCCAUGCACAUCAAUAUAGGAAAGAGCAAUAUGGUGGCAGGCUUGGCGAAGGCAAUACGCCUUUACUUUCAGAAGCAACCUUUUGCCAUAGUCGGUGUGAAAGGCAGAGCGAAGGAUACUCCUGUAGAGGAGAUAAUUCAGCAAUUAGAGGAGGCCACCGGGGCUGUGCUCGUGUCAAGAGAACCAAAUAAGCUUAUACUUUACCGAGGGUGGCCUGCCGGUGAACAACGUCCUGACAUGGUCACUGAGAAUGAAGAAGAGGAAGAGGAAGAGAUUCCGCCGGAGCUCAGAGCUGCAAUAAUGAUGGAGGAGGUUCGAGACCCAAUGGACUACAGCUAUCUCACAAGGGAAGAGCUUUCCUUAAUUGGGAUCGAGUAUAAAGGGAAUGGAAUUAAGGAAAACGAUAGGGAAGAGAACCAAUCAGAGCAGGAAGUUGAAGGUGACGCUCGUUUCGCCACAUGGAAUGAUGGAAGAUGUCACACCGAAGAUGAUAAUGGAGCAACUGAGGUGGAUAUGUGGGAUGAAGAGAAGUGGUAUACAGAAGAUGAGGACGAGGACAAGGAUGAGAAUGGUGCAGAAUCUGAAAAUCUGGAAUUGAAGCUGGAUGGAGUUGAAAAUUACUAACUGAACUGUGUUGCAACCAAUUUUCACGAACUACAUGGAGCUUAAGGUUAUGAGGCAGGCCCAGUUGGAUAACCAUCUUGACGGGUGCGGUAACGGCCGAUUCUCAGAUGAAGGCACAGCAAGGAUAAAGUUGAUGGCUUCAUGGAUUAUUACAUGCUGCAAGGACCAUGUUCCUCACCAUUUGUUCCUCAAUCUGUUCGUUGGGAGAUACAAUCAAAGAUGUGGAGUGUCAACCCUGAUAAGCUUGCGUGGCUCUGAUGUGAUUCAUCCGGAUCCUUAAGCUUUUUAGGUUGUUUGUCUUGAAAUCAAGGGCUCCCAUGUCAAAUGCAGGUGGUUUUCGAAGGCAGGGACCGAACACGCUAAUCGUGUUGAUGGACGAGGAUAAAUGGUUCCUUGAUUACUGAUGCAAAAUUCAAAUUUGCACUCUUGUUUGAUUUCUUCGUUACUUCUCGAAGAAUUCAUGACACAAUCAGAGAGUUGGGCUGGUGGACUUGGAUGUGCUGAAAUCGAUGACAUUAUCGUCGUUGGUUCACACUGUGUUCUAGCAGGUGGAUUUGAAAUAACAAUAUGGCAGCCUUCAUGGAACUGGGACGGAUUAGGGCCAUGCAAGUAGCGCACUCAAGAGCUGAGUCGCUAAGAUCCUAGUCUUGUGUGAGGACGUUACCAGCAAUUAGAAUCGUCAUUUGGGAGCCAAUAAGGACGUUGCUCAAGCGAGACCUAAAACUUUUCCGUUCAAAAGGCAAUGGUAGAAAAUAUCAGGCACAAAUCGGCUCUUGUGAGGAAGCUCGAUGCUGGAGAACUAAAUCUUGUAAUUGAGCUUCUCGUCUCCAAUCAAGGCUUCCGUGUUUUAAUG